AUGUCUGUGGGGGGUCGGGGAGAGAUGGAGGGAGGCCCCCUGCGUGAGGCCACCCUCAGUGGCAGCCCUGCUCAGAAACGCGUAAAUCGCCCCCAGCCCCAGGCCGGCAGCAUUUCGCCCCUCCCCCACCGCCCAGGCCCGCACUCCCAGGUGGGCGACUCCCAGCGAGGCCACCGCAGACCUUCCUCCCCUCCCAGAUACGAGGCCGCCAUCCGGAGCCCCCACCCCACCCCCGCUCUGGCACCUCGACGGCGAUCAGCGCCCAGACACCCCUUCUCUGCCUCCAUACAACCAAGGCAGCCGCGAUCGGCCGGCUUCCAGAAGGCUCCGUGCACCCCCACCCCGUCCCCUCUGGGCCCACCCCCAUCCACGGCGCCCACAGACGGCCCUCCCACACCCCCAGGCCUAGACCUGUCACCCAAGGCCCAGCGCUCACAGGCACUCGCGACUCAGGCCACCAACCCUCCCAAGAUGCACCUGCGACCCCCGCGCCCAGCCGCCUGCCACGGCCACAGCCGCGGCCACCCACGCGGCCGCCCAAGUGCAGCCAGGCCCUCGGCGCCUCGGGGCGGGAGGGACUCGGCAGCCUGGGCCUCCCACGUCCCGAGCUGCGUGGGCCACGCCGGGCUUGACAGGUGUGCGCGGGGGCGCGCGGGGGCUGCGGCGGCCGUGGCCGGGACUCCCACGCGCCCCCGCCCGCGCGCGCCCGCGCCCGGGAGCGCCGGGUGCGGACCUGGAGCCGAAACUGCAGCGUCGCCUCGCGCAGUGGCCGCCGCGCCGAGCCCCCCGCCCGCGCCCCGCCGGACCCGCCCCCUCCGCGCGCGCCCCCGCCGGCCGCUGGCGACCGAGCGAACAGCGAACGUGCGGUGGCCGAGCGCCGCCGCGGCGCUGCAGGGCGCCUUGUAA